CUAGGUCUCCUCGUCCGGCCUGCUUGCUUCAGCCGAGGGGCAGAGGAGGUGGGUCGUCACAGCCUCUGCGCGCGUUUGUUUUUGCGUGGCUUGAAACGCGAGUUUUACCGGAAUGAGCGGCCACCCUGGUUUCCCUGCGUAUACCUACGUUGCGCCUGAGGUGUGGUCACUUAAAUAAUUCACCUGAGUUCAUUGGCAAAACAUCUGAUACUCUGCUUGCAAAGCAUCCUUCCCUAUAGCGAUAACUAUAUAAAAACAUCCUCUGCAAGAAAACAGAAGGAAAAAAAAAAUCGUUGUAUCACUGUAGAUCUUAGAUGAAUAUUUCUGGCUGUAACAAUUUAAGAUUUUUUUUUCACUGUGAUUCCUGAAAAUGUCUUUUCGAUUUAAUUUUUUUAUCGAUGAAAAUGAGAACAAUGAACCAGACACGAAUGAUAAGAUGGACUUGCAGCUGUGCUCUUCAAAACAGAAGCAGGAAUCUGCAGAAAAGAGCAAGCAAGCUGCUGAUACUGUAGCAGACUCCAGCCUGAGGCCGGGUACUGACAAGCACCAAGAUGAGACACCAUCGAAGUUCUGCUUGAAAGCUGCCAAGGAGCACAAUAUACCAGAAGAUUUCAACAAAGUAUUGGAAGAUAAAGUCUUGGAAACAGUAUCAGACCUGUAUUACAUAAAUAUGUCUGCAGUAGAAAUGACGUGUUUGGAUGGCAGUGAUGAAGAGGGCAUUGUGUCUAAAAGUGUUUCCUCUCACUCUGAUCUCAUCCCAGGAGUCUAUGAGGGAGGACUGAAAAUCUGGGAAUGCACCUUUGAUCUCAUAGACUACCUUUCUGAAGCUGAAAUAGAGUUUACCAACAAGACUGUAUUGGAUCUUGGCUGUGGGGCUGGACUGCUGGGAAUAGUUGCUUUAAGGGGCAAAGCUGAAAAAGUCCAUUUUCAGGACUACAACAGCACAGUGAUUGACAAAAUAACCUUGCCUAAUGUAGUGGCUAACUGUCUAAAGGAAGGCAGUAGGAGGGACAGUGGAGACAGCAAGCCCCCUUUAAAGAGGCCCAGGAAAGUGGAGUGCUUUCCUGAUAUGCUCACCAAAUGCAGAUUUUUUUCUGGAGAGUGGUCUGAGGUCAGCCAGCUCCUGUUAAGCAGCAAUAAACCCUUAUCAAAGUAUGAUAUAAUUCUCACAUCUGAGACCAUCUAUAAUCCUGACUACUACAGUGCUUUGCACGAUACACUGGCUCAGCUCUUAGACAGAAAUGGCCGUGUGUAUUUGGCAAGCAAAGCACACUAUUUUGGGGUUGGUGGUGGUAUCUACCUCUUUGAGAAAUUCUUUGAAGAGAGAAAUGUGUUUAGGAGCAGCACAGUUAAAAUAAUUGAUAAAGGACUGCAGCGUUGUAUUAUGGAAAUUGCCUUUAAGGAUUCCAGUUAAAAUUUAACCACAGGUC